CUUCGUGAUGUAAGCUCUGGGGCAGUCGGUCUCUGUAUACUCGCUUGUUUUUUACACUUAUGGAUUGUUCUAAAAAUUAUAAAAAAUUAAUAAAUUGUGUAAAAGAAAUAGAAAAAAAAUUAAACUAAAUUUUAAUAGUUUUAAGUAAAUUUUUUUAAUGAAUUACAAAAUAAAAAUCAAACAACACAACAUAUAUUUACAAGAAAAUUCCAAAAUGAAACAAAUAAUUGGAGUAACAAAAAAUGCAUAAACAAAAAAAUUUGCAAAAGAAUUAACAAUGCGUAAGAAAAAAACUUUAGUUUAAUUGAUAUAAACUAAUGAAAAGUUACAAAAGAAUAAGUUGAUAAUUAUGAAAAACUAAUAAAAAUUAAACAUUUUAAAGGAAAUCGAAUACAUCAAAAACAACAUAUGUCUCUAAUUAUGAAAACCAUUUGGCUGUUGAAAUUAGUUUAGAAAGAAAUCUAGUGUAAAAUGUUGCAUGUUAGUGUUGUUGAAAAUCAUGAUGAUGAUAGUUCAGCUAAAGCGUUAAUGUCAGCAACAACAGCGGAACAAAGAAAUAUUAAAAAUAUUACAGUAACAACAAUGAAUUAUCAUUAAAUCAAAUGAAAUUUAGAUGACAAAGUGUGAUUUAUUGUUAAUGAGGAUAUAGACGGUUAUUUCAAGCAUACAUUACCAACAACAACAGCAGAAGCAGCUUAAAUAUUAAUAUUAAGAAUGCUUAAAAAUCAUAAACACACAACUGUAAUUUCAACCAAGACCAACAAUAACACAAAGUCAUCAUUACUACUAAAGCGAAAGACAACCUAAACAGCCGUAAAAAGUGUGCAAAAUUACAGCAACAGCUUUCUAAAAGGGGAUUCAACAUAUUGUUAAAAGUAAAAAGUAACGUUUUUCCUUUCUCUUUACUUGUUAUUAAAAAAAAAUUAAAAUUCAUGCUUGAUUAAACUCAACAACUGGACUGUAAUAAAAUAAUUAAAAAUAUCCUUUGUUGCAUAAAAAAGGAAUAAAAAACACAAAUACACAGCCUUUAUUUGAAACAAAACAAAGAAAAAGGAUAAAAAAACAUUAAGCACUCUUUCAUUAUCCCCAGACUCACACCUACGCCUAUACAUCCAAACACAUAUGAGUUACACGUAUACUUAAUAAAUUUUUACAUACACACACAAACAGACGUAAAUUAUACACACACACACACCUGCAUACGUUUUUAUGUAUGUAUUUGUGACAUGUAGACAAUACAAAACCCUAAAUGUAUGAGUGAGUAAAAAAUCCUACAUUUCAAAAACUUAGGAAAAAAAGAGUGCCUAUUUGAAAGGAGUUGUAUAUAGAAAAACAACAAUAGAAAGGUGUGGAUGUGUAUAAAAGCAUAAAAAAUAUAACUGAGCUGUCACACUAAAUAUAAAUUUUAAAAACACUUUUUAUAUGUAUUUAUAAAUGUGUGUAUGUUUAUGUAUCUAGAUAAAAAUACAUCUGCAUAAGCAAAGAUACUAUAUUCUAAAAAUACUAAACAAUAGUAAAACAAGAACAACAACAGCCAAGUCCAGGGAUACUUAAACAAAAACAACAAUUCAAAUCAAACAAAAGUGAGAAUAUUUAAUACCUCCACACCACUCCAUUCUAAUUCUAAACACAACAACAUAAAUUCUCUUCAUAGAAAAUAGCAGAAAAAAAACAUAACUAAAAAUAAAAAAACGUAAAUACUUGCAUCUCCACUUAAUUAGAAACUAGAAUGUAAAAAAAGACUACAACAGUUAAAUCAGAAAAAAGAAAUAGAAAUUUAAACUGAAAAAUAGAACAAUGUUUCCAAACAAUAAAAAUCAUCUACACAAUGAUAAGGUUGUUGUUGUUUUUACAUAGUUUCCAUGUAAAUAAGUAGAACAACUAGAGAAACAAAAACAACUCAACGACAACAAUAAAAACAACAACUAGGUGCAAGAAAACAAACGCAAGACUAAGACUAUUGCACUCACUACAUAGAAAACAACAACAGAAACAACUACCAACUACAACUAGAGCAUAAUUAUUUUUUUAAGGACAUAUCACCAUUAAAAGCAUCCGACGCUUAUAAAAUAACAACAACUACAGCAACAGCCGUUACAACAGCUUCAACAACAACAACAACAAAAGAAAACUACUUUAAACAAAAACAGCAUCACUUUUUUGUUGUUGUUGUUCCAAACAAAUCAUACGUCUCCUCUACGUAGAUACAUUCACAUUUACCAGCCCUCCAGCUCAUCUACAACUACAACAACCACUACCACCAUGAGUGAUUCAAUGUUGUAUCGUAAAUUUGAUACAUUUAUGCCCAGGUCACGAAUUAUAACCCUGUGGCUGGCCUUCAAUCUGGCGAUGUUUCUACAGGAACCAAAGAAACAAAUUACCACAGUUAAUGCAGCAACCGCUGGCGGUAGUAUGCUGGGCGAUGUAAAUAUAUCUGCUAUAUUGGAUUCCUUUAGUGUCAGUUAUGACAAAAGAGUAAGACCCAACUAUGGUGGUCCCCCUGUGGAGGUUGGCGUCACAAUGUAUGUUCUCAGUAUCAGUUCGGUUUCGGAAGUUCUAAUGGACUUUACAUUGGAUUUUUACUUUCGUCAAUUUUGGACCGAUCCUCGUUUAGCGUAUAGAAAACGACCUGGUGUAGAAACACUAUCGGUUGGAUCAGAGUUCAUUAAAAAUAUCUGGGUACCUGACACCUUUUUCGUAAAUGAAAAACAAUCAUAUUUUCAUAUUGCCACAACCAGCAAUGAAUUCAUACGUGUUCACCAUUCUGGAUCAAUAACAAGAAGUAUUAGAUUGACUAUUACUGCAUCAUGUCCUAUGAAUCUACAAUACUUUCCUAUGGAUCGCCAAUUGUGUCACAUCGAAAUUGAAAGUUUCGGCUAUACGAUGCGUGAUAUACGUUAUAAAUGGAAUGAAGGACCAAACUCGGUUGGUGUCUCGAAUGAGGUUUCGCUACCACAAUUUAAGGUCUUGGGCCAUCGUCAGAGAGCUAUGGAAAUCAGUCUUACCACAGGAAACUAUUCUCGUUUGGCGUGCGAGAUACAAUUUGUGCGUUCGAUGGGUUAUUAUCUUAUACAAAUUUAUAUACCCUCUGGACUGAUCGUUAUUAUAUCAUGGGUAUCAUUUUGGCUUAAUCGUAACGCUACGCCUGCUCGAGUAGCUUUAGGUGUCACUACUGUGUUGACAAUGACAACGUUGAUGUCGUCAACAAAUGCUGCGCUGCCAAAAAUUUCAUACGUUAAAUCGAUUGACGUUUAUCUGGGAACAUGUUUCGUGAUGGUCUUUGCCAGUUUAUUGGAAUAUGCCACCGUCGGCUAUAUGGCAAAACGAAUUCAAAUGCGAAAACAAAGAUUUAUGACGAUUCAGAAGAUGGCUGAGCAAAAAAAGCAACAACAACUUGAUGGGGUGCAACAGCCCCCCAAUCCCAAUCCGAAUACGGGGGUGGAUCAUGGUGGACAUGGGCAUGGUCAUGGCCAUCACAGCCAUGGUCAUCCUCAUGUACCCAAACAAACAGUGAGUAACCGCCCAAUUGGCUUUCAAAAUAUCCAACAAAAUGUUGGUGCGCGCGGUUGCUCGAUAGUGGGACCCUUGUUCCAGGAGGUGAGAUUCAAAGUGCACGAUCCCAAGGCCCAUUCCAAGGGAGGAACGCUAGAGAAUACGGUUAAUGGUGGACGAGGAGGACCGCCAGUAGGACCCCAUGGCCCCGGACCCCAGGGUGGCGGCGGUGGAGGAGGCCCACCAGGCGGUGGUGGUGGAGGAGGCGGAGGAGGAGCACCGCCCGAAGGUGGUGAUGCUGAGGCUGCCGUACCAGCACACUUAUUACACCCGGGCAAGGUAAAAAAAGACAUAAAUAAGCUGUUGGGUAUAACGCCCUCCGAUAUUGAUAAAUAUUCGCGUAUAGUAUUUCCGGUGUGUUUUGUAUGUUUCAAUCUGAUGUACUGGAUUAUUUAUCUACAUGUCAGCGAUGUGGUAGCCGAUGAUUUGGUCUUAUUGGGUGAAGAGUAAGGAGUUAAAUAAACACAUCAAAACAAUAACAACAACAGCUACAAAAACUUCAGCAACAACAAGCAAGAAGCAGCUCAUUUAAAUCAGUAACUACUACAUCAAGCAAAAUACUGACAAACACAAACACACACACACACCGAGACACAGUCUUUUGCUCUUUUUAUAAAAGCAAAACAGAGGAAGCGGAUAUACACAGACACAAGCAUUAGUUGUAGUUAAAUGAAAUUUAAUACAUAUUAAAUAUAAUUUUAGACAAAAUUAAAUUAAUUAUAAUUUAUUAUUUAAAUAUAAACAAACAAAAACCAAGAAAGGAAAAAAUGAAAAAAAUACAAAAAA